UUGAUGCCUUCUGGCUUCGAGAAUCUCAAGCUGCUCUGAUGAUAGCUUAAGAAGACUGCCUGCUGUUCCCUCUAGAUGCCAAGCUGGGCCCUCUUGGAACCUCAGAACUCAAUCCUUCAUGGAGACCAGGUCCCAGCAGGAUGGCAGUGGAGGAAAUUGGCACCCAGAUGGUGGCUCCACGUGAAGUUGUCUUGGGGUGUGGGCCGCUGCGAGAACACCUGGUAACAGGGCUUGCCCUCUGUCGGGCUCCCGGGGCCAGGCUGCAUGGGGCGGACUCCGAGGAGGACGCUGUGGGCAUCCUUCCUGUGCAUCACAGCUACUGUCUUUCUGCUUGUCACACUCCAGGUAGUUGUUGAGCUGGGGAAAUUUGAAAGGAGGACAUUUAAAAAUUCCAAUCUGCAAGAUGGGCAUACGAAAAUAGAGGAUGAGCCUGAACGUCUGCAUCCAUUCCUUAAGAAAGGAGCACUCACCCUGAAGGGGAAAGAGAAGUCUGACACCGAUAGCUACCCCAUUAUGCUCUGGUGGUCCCCACUGACUGGGGAAACUGGAAGGCUAGGCCAGUGUGGAGCAGAUGCUUGUUUCUUCACCAUCAACCGUACCUAUCUGCACCAUCACAUGACCAAAGCAUUCCUCUUCUAUGGUACCGACUUUAAUAUAGACAGCUUACCUCUGCCUCGGAAGGCCCAUCACGACUGGGCCCUUUUUCAUGAAGAGUCUCCAAAGAACAAUUACAAGCUCUUUCACGAGCCAGUCAUCACCUUGUUCAACUACACUGCCACGUUCAGCAGGCGUUCCCACUUGCCACUAACCACGCAGUACUUGGAGGGCAUCGGAAUGCUGAAGUCACUCCGAUACCUGGUUCCUCUGCAGUCCAAAAACAGCCUUAGAACAAGACUUGCCCCGCUGGUGUACGUGCAGUCGGACUGCGAUCCGCCGUCAGACAGGGACAGCUACGUCCGGGAGCUGAUGACUCACAUCGAGGUCGAUUCCUACGGCGAGUGUUUACGAAACAGAGAGCUCCCUCCGCCGCUGAGCAAUCCAGCCUCCAUGGAUGCCGAUGGCUUCUAUAGGAUCCUGGCGCAGUAUAAGUUUAUCCUGGCUUUUGAGAACGCGGUGUGUGAUGACUACAUCACGGAGAAGCUCUGGCGACCCCUGAAGCUGGGGGUGGUCCCUGUGUAUUACGGCUCCCCCAGCGUCGCGGACUGGCUUCCAAGUAACCGCAGUGCUGUGCUCGUGUCAGAGUUUCCGCACCCCAGAGACCUGGCGAGUUACAUCAGACAGCUGGAUGAUGACGACCGGCUGUACGAGGCCCACAUCGAGUGGAAGCUGAAGGGGGAGAUCUCCAACCAGCGACUCCUCACAGCUCUGCGAGAGCGGAAAUGGGGCGUGCAGGACGUCAGCCAGGACAACUACAUCGAUGCGUUUGAGUGUCUGGUGUGCAGCAAGGUGUGGAGUAAUAUUCGGCGUCAGGAAAAGGGCUUACCACCGAAAAGGUGGAAGGCAGAAGUUACCCACCUGAGUUGCCCGGAGCCUGCAGUGUUUGCUUUCUCAUCUCUGGCUCCACGUAGGGGCUCUUUGAGAGAGAUGUGGAUUCCAAGCUUCCAGCAAUCCAAGAAAGAAGCCCAGGCACUGAGGUGGCUGGUGGACAGGAAUCAAAACUUUUCAACUCAAGAAUUUUGGAGCCUAGUGUUCAAAGACUAAUUUCGGAAAGUAUCAGGAUGCCAUACACUAGAGCCUUCUUGAAGUUUGCUUUUUAAGUUGCCUUAGUAUUUGAAUUUAAUAGCCAUUCUCUUGAGUAUCCUUUAGGAUAAGAAUUAAUUGCUGCAGUACUCAUAAUGAGCCCUAUCAAAUAAUAUACAUUACCCUCAGGGGUCACCUUUUAAUUUUUAUACUAAAAAAGUAAAUAUUUCUUAUGGAUUUUGGUCAUCUUCAGUUUACAUAUCUGAGUCUGUGUACCUAUUGCCUUUUGUGGAAAUUCACCUGACUUAGAGCGCUUUCCUCCCUGCGUGGGAGUCAGAGCAUUGAGCUGUGGAAUCUUGACAUUUGCCUCAUAUCAGCAGUUUAUUGGUCCUUGGUGAGCCCAGUGUCCUGCUCAGCAUGAACAUGGAAUGCAUUAGAACUUGGCAAUGAGAAAAUUCUGUGUGUGGGUUUCCCAGGGUGGAAGUGAAUAAUAAAAGCUGUGUAAAGUUUA